CCAUAUAUAUUCUUGACCAUGACACCUUGAAAACUGAAACAUCAGAUUCCAACAGGAAAUGGAUCUGUUGUGCAGCUUAGCAUAUCCCCAGAUGAGUGCAUGUGGCUUAUGCUCUUAGUAAUGGAUCUGUGGAAGUGUUUGAGAUCUUAGGUCAAGAUGGAAGUGGAUGUAGACAUCUUAUUGGAUCCCGAGAACAUGAAGGUCAAAUUGUAUCUUCAAUUGUUUGGUCCCUGAACAGUGUGGAAGUUUAUAUCGGAGAUACUGUGGGAAGGGUGUCAGUUAUGUAUGUUCCAAAAAGUAGGACUGCUUCAUUGUUCCGCAGCUCCUGCAUUCACCUCAUGACCCUGGAUUCCGCAGUUACACAACUAGAUUAUUGUGAUGGUCAUCUUCUUGUAUCUACUCUAGAUCGUUCAUACAUUUGCAACACAAGUUUAGAAACUUUCGCUCAGAUAGGGACAAAAUUAAGGAAGGGUGAAUUUGGUGGCUGCUUUUGUAAAGUAAAUCUUGUUAGUAACAUUCCCCCGACAAAUCCAUCCAUGAAACACAAUCACCAUGAAGUAGAAGAAAGCCUUGAAGAAAACCCUAAAUCCAAUUACUCUCCCAGCGAUUCAGGGAAGUUUGAACUCUCGGAUUGCUACGAAGUCACAGAAGACAAGGAAGAAAACAUCCAACAACCCACUGACAUCCGACAGCCCACCGAAAAGUCUGUUAGUACUAUUCCGCAACAAGGCGUGGUAACUCGCAUAUUUUGUGCAAGGCCUGGCUCUAGGGUUUGGGAAGCAGAUCUUUCAGGCAAAGUUCUUGUAACCCACCAACUGAAAAAUGCAUUGAUGGUACCACCAGUGGACGUUUUGCUAAUAGAUGGCUCGUAUGGGGAUACAGAGAUGCUUCAAGGAGAUGCUCUUAAACUGGAAAAACAGUUGUCAUCACUGAAACAAUGGACAAAAAGCAAAAAGGGUGACACUUUAGAGUUGGUUAAUGAGAAGGGAAGUGUUCCUGUCAACUCUUCUGAGAAUUCUAGUGUGAAACAUUCUCCAGUGGGUGUUGCCUUUACAAAAAUGCUCAACUUUUAUAAUAGUUUUCUUCUUGCUGUCUCUAAUUUUGGACUUUAUAUAAUUGACCCUUCAAAUUCUACUGUUUUACUCUGGGUAAGUGAACCAGAUGGAAUUUUGGAUAUUAAAGUGAGUGGAAACACGCUGAUUUAUAAAACAGGUCAUGGUAGCAUACAAAACUUUAUGAUUACAACAGUGGAUGUUGCAAUAUUGGUGUUGCAUAAUCGCAGUUUGAUGAUUGAAUGCGCUCGUUUAUGUCUACAGCAUCACUACAUAUUUUCAACUUCAAGAUUGCUUUGUCGAUUAGGGAUAAAAGUUCUCUCUGACUUAACAAGUCAGAUAGUUGAUGAAAAUGUUAAGAGAGCACUUCAGACACUGGAGAACAUGAUUGGCCAAAAUCAGGAUAAAGAAAACCAGAGUGAAAUCAAUCCAAAGAAAUCAGGAAUAACAUAUGUAAGAAAUGAGAAGUACAAUUCAUGUGAAAUCAAGGAAAGUCUUCAUUUUGCCCUAAGGCUAAGUCAUCAUGCAUUUCUUCCAGCUUCAGUAACCAGGUGGUAUAGUGAACCACAUUUGGGGUAUGGGCAAGACUUAGGGCCCUUGGCACAGCGCUCUGCAGUCUCUGUAGAGACAAGUCCAAUUCAUGAGCUGAAGGGAAAUAGAUUUCUUUUGGGUACAUCUAGUUUCUUGCAGGAUUUGCAGAGUGGCUUAUCUUUAGGAAAUUAUUCUAGUGAAGACACAUUGCAGUCUUUCUCUAAGUCACAUAGUGGUUUUAGCAGUCUUUCUGAUGGAUCUGAUAGAAAGUCAAGUAGUCCAGAUCCAUUAUAUAACAGGACAUCGAGCAGUCCAACCCAUUCAUCAGGUAGAUGGUCUCAGCAAUCUGAUAAAUCCCACAAGAGCUUAGAGAGUUCCCAAGAAAUGUAUGAAGACCCAUUAUUUCCUCCAAGUGAUAGCUCACCUGAGUUAGAGAUGGCUGCUAGGAUGUAUUUGGAUAAUCGCUGCCAGCACUCCGGAAACUCGGUUGAAUCUCAAUCCCUGUACAGCAUCCCUUAUGCUCCUAUCAGCCCUUCUUCUGAAACUGCAGCGAUUGUGCAGGACCUAAUGGAAAAUGCAGCCACCAAUGUGGUUAGUACUAUAACACUUGGAACAAAAUCCUUAAAAGAAAAAUUUAAAAAUGUUACACAGUUAAAAACUUCAAGUGAAAUGUCUCCUUUGAGAACAAGAAAAAGCCCUUUUUCUGUUUUGGAUAUCCUAGGGAAUAGUUCAAUUGUGGAUUGUGAGGACCCUUUUCAAAGUAGCACCUCUGGAACAGAUGAAACUGAUGGUUUUGAUGUGGAUAUUGUUAUUAAGACAAAGACUAAGAAGAAGGGGAGUCGCAAAGCUAUUGGAGCAUCACCUGUUAUGAGUAGACAGUCAACCUUACCAGAAGUUGAUGACAUAAUGCAUUCAAGUAGCAUAGAACUCCCUGGGGUUGUGCGCAAUUUACAUGAGCUUGUCAUGUCAACAAUGAAACAAAUAACUGUUGCAGAAGAUCAGCAAGAAACAACUGACCUACUAACUCAGUGGUUUGAAGUAUAUUGUAGUGCAGUCCAGCAUAUCUACACCAAUAAGAAUUCUCCUCAAGGGAGUGACGAACCCCAAGAUGGACCUGUUUCAAUAUCAUCAGUAGAUUCUUUAGUUAGUGUUGGAACAUCCUGUGAUUCCUUAAAGUGGGACAGCAAUGAUAUUGGAUUUGAGCCAUCAGCAAUGAGUGCUGAUAUUCUUGAGCAGUUAACAAAAAUGUUUCUUCAUUGUUUGCAGUCCAGAGUGUAUGCUGGUGGUAGUAAUUUGCGUGGUAUUUCAGGUUUUACUAAGGUCGACAUACCACAACACCAGUUAACUCCUGAUGAUGUUAAAAAACUAGAUGCCUUGUAUGCUCAGCUUAUUACUAAUGAUUGUGGUUUGCUUCAUUACUCAACUUUACUCAAUGCUUUGGAUACUCUGGGACAGAAUUACUUCUUGUUAACCUGGAUAGCCUUAUUAGAAAAAGUUACAAAGGACUCAGAGGUGGUUAGCAUUUAUCCCCUCCCUGAUAUAAUUUCAGAUUUAGAUUUUACCAGAUCACAAAGAGUAUCUUUUCUAUACAAGCUUGCAUGCAGUGGAAAUAUGAAACACUUCAUUUCAGCAGCAGUGCAGGUGCAAAACCCAUAUGUGAUAUUUGAUGUGAUAUUUAUGUUGAAUUUUGUCUUACAUAAGCCCAAUGAGAGCACUGUGCCAUUAACAAAAUAUAGUGUUAAGCAUUAUCUCUUUCUGUACCUGAAGGAGAUAGCUAAGGAUAAAGAUAUAAGAGAACUUUACCUUGCAUACUGGAGCUGGUGUCCAGAGUUGCAAUAUGAUGUCUUGAGUGCUUUGUUGAGUGCCUUAAACCCUUCAUCCAUGUCAUGUAACUGUGGAAUGCCUAUUCCUUGCAGUAGGAGUAUACCGCUAGAAAACCUAGUGGAAACUUUACUCUCUCAUCAUAUACUUGCUCCUAAGAAUAUGUUACAGCUCUGCCAAAGCUCAGGAUAUUGGAAAGGGUACUGCAUUCUCUCUUUGGCAUACAAACUUCAUGCUCCAGCUGAGAUUUUUCCCCAUGUCUUGCAAACCUGUGAUGCAGAUCUGAUUGAAAUGGCUAUGGAUUCACUGGACAAAACAGAGCUUUCUGUAUCAGUAAAGACUAUGAUGAUGGUAACAAGUACAAAUAUUUCUGUGAUCAAAUGCUUUAAGUGCCAAAGUAUUAUUGAACUUCUUAGCAGAGUUCAGGAAGAGACUGAAGAUCUGCCUGAAAAUCCUAUUUUCAAGUUUAGAGUUAAUGGGGAACCUCACUAUGAAGGUUUAAAUCUUGAGACUUUGAGUGAUAAAUCUGACGAAAACCAUUUAGAAAGCUUAACAGAGUCCUUAGAUGUGGUAAACACUGAAAAUAUACACUCAGUGAAAAAUCCAGUUAGUUGCAAAAUUAUUUCAGAUGUUAAACAGCUGUGGGAAACUGUAAUAAUUCAGCUCCUGCGAAAAACCCAGACUGCAGAUACACUUCAACUUCUCCAGUCAGUGCAGGAGGAGAUUCCACCUGGGAUAAUACCACAGAGAGUAUACAGUUGGUGCAUCAUGUUAUCAUUAGUUGAAAACAGAGGUCCAGCAGCUCGCUGGGCUUUACUGGACUCGCUCACAAAUAGUUGCAUCAAGCCAUACUCUAAAAAGGUUGCAGAGGCAAUCCGAAGAUCUGAGCCAUCCUCAACAGGGCAAGAAAAUAUAUCAGUCCCCCCAACUAGCAACAAAGAGCCAUCAGCAACCUUUUCACCUCUUGGCCACCAUUGGGGUGUGCGAAGUCAAGUUUUACAAGGAAUAUGUCACUUCUGUCAAUUAAGGCUUCCAGAGGAGGCCCUGGUGAGUGUAGGGGGUGUUACAGUUUUCCCAUGUAGCCAUGCCUACCAUGCUAUAUGUUUAGCUCAAAGAGGAUACUAUUGCAUUAUUUGUACAAGACAAGAAUCUCUGAAGCUUCGAGGAAGUUAAUAACCAUGAUCUGAUUUUGUACUGUGGGGUGACUAGAAUCAGAACUUUUUAAAUCUUUUUUACUAUUAAUUUUAGUGACAAUGUUCUGAUAAUCAUCUCCAUUCCAGCCCUUCAAGUUUGUAUUUUCCAAGAAAAUGACAAGAGAAUUUACCUUGCAUGAGGUGUAUUGUUCUAUCAAAUAGAUUUAGUACACAGUAAUUGCUAGCAUGUAGUUAAAACUGAUUAUAUCUAAAUUUCAGUUUUAUACAUAGCAAGGAAAAAACUUUACAUAAUUGAGCUCCUUCCUACAUUAAGGGUCCAACCAACCCAAUUAUGGCUUCUAAUAUUAUGACAGGUGAUAAGCCUAUUAUUUUACAUAGUUGUAGUAAUUAAUAGACAAUUCUGGAUUUGCAAUGUUAGAAAUAAAGUUUAUAUAUAAACAUGUGUAAGUAUAUAAAAUCUUUUCUUGGUAGCUAUGAACAGACUCAUGUUACUUGGUGUAACUGCUGUAGCUUUGAGCAAUUUUCAUAAAAUGUGCCUUAGGAUAAACUUAAGUAUGCAGUCCAAAACAGGGUACUUUCCAUAAAUACUAUCUAUUGCAUAUUAAGUGACGAAGAACUUGCUAUGUGAAUGUGUUUUAGAGUUACAAAUUAGAGACAAUAGUGCUGUUUCUUAUAUGGGAACUUGUACUACUGGUAUUUAUAUAUUUCUUAGUAUCCUAUAGACAUACAUAGAAAAUAUUCUCUUUUUUUCAUGGAACAAAGCACUAAAUAUUACUGUACCUUUUUAAAUUCUUGGUAAUUGUCUCAUGAAAGUAGUGAAGUAUUCCAAUUAAGGCUUUCUAAUUGUUCUGAAUGGCAGUACUGAAUUGAUAGUAUAAUAUCUUUGUGUUUAAACAUAGGUAAAAAUCCUAAAAUUUUACAAGUUUUAUAUGACAAAGGUGUUGAAGGCAGACUAAUAAAAAUUGAUGGCAAAUUACAUUUAUGGAUAUACGUACCAGUAAGUUUUUUUUUUCUUUUUUGUAGGGACUAGGUAGUACUCAUAUGAGGUGGAUAUAACAUAGUUCUGAUGAGAAUUGUAGAUGUAUGUUUUUAUUAAUUUGAGCUUACAUUUUCUUGACAAUCAUCUUUAUUGUCAUUCAAUAUCUGGUCACUAUUGUUUUGAUUUCAGGUGAAUUAAAGUGAAGGUCUUUGAUAUUUACUUUUAAAAAAUAUCACUUAAUCAUUACUUUUACUGAAGAGACAGGUUGUUAGCAAGAAAUUGUUUUGAUUCAAGAUUCGUAAAAAUUGGCUUAAAAAUGAAAUUUUCAUGAAUUAUAUAGAGUCCUGGCCUAUAAUUGUUGCAGUUGGCAAUUAUACAGUAUAAACCCAAGAACAGAUCCUGUAUUACAUAAUUUCCACUCAUCUGAGAAAACUAUAUUUGAGUAAAAAAAUGUGUGCUGUUAUUAAAUAUUUCAAACCUCUGUUUGAUAACCAAUAUCAGGCUUUUCAUCCUCAAUUCCCAUAGUGUAUUACCAAUAUGGUAUGCAUUACAUAUCUCUCUAUAGUAAAUGGUAAAAAAGGCUCCCUGCAGCUUCCCUCAGUUCUAGCUGCAUUGCUUGUGGCCUUUUACUUUUCAUGUACGUAUUUCCUUUGGUCUCUUCUUGCUAGGCUGUUUAACUUCUUUAACUUUAGUACAUUAUUAAAAUUUUCACUUCUUGUUCAAGAACAGAUUGUGUAACUGAGCCAUGCAAGAGUUUAGAAAUGUGAAUUUGUUUUGUUGAACCAUGAACAGGAAUAAUAUUAAUCUCCACCUCAUCUAUGUAGUUUUUGUCAUAACUAGGGUGACAGACUUUAGAUGUGGAUUUUGUUGAUUUUGGUAGCAAGUGGGCUUUAAAGUACAUGGUAAUUAUAUUGUACAGUACUAUACUUAUAAUCUAUGAUCUUUUACUAUGAUAGCAUCUUUCUCUUUUUUUUUCCAUUGGCGAGCCUCAAAAGUCUUGAUAAAUUCAGUGGUCAUACAAAACAGUUAAUUUACCGAAGAAAGUGAUGUUCCACAGAGAAGAAAAUAUAUAAAGUGAAAUAAAAGCAACUCUGCUGAUGUAGCCAUUAUUUUCAAUGAAAGAAUAAAGCAUUCAGGCCUACUGUACUUCAACAUCUGGGUGACAGACUAUACCCUUCAUCAUAAUAUAAUGAGUGCCUGACUACAAAAGCAGUGCUUCUACAAGUAUGCAAAGUAACUAUACAAUAAAUAAUUAUCAAUAGAAGGACUUAUUAUAUCAUAAUAGAGGCUUCAUUUCUCUGUUUAAAAAUCAUAUUCAAAUUUAUUCAACUGUUAUGAGGCUGCUUAUUAGGAAACAUUAACACUUUAAUAUAAACAAAUCAUGACCCUGAGACUUAAAUAGUAAACCAAUCAUGAAAACUGAGAACAUUACUUCAAAAGCUCAUCUAGGUUCAUGCAUUUGAGGAAAAUGCUAUGAGCACUAGUAUAUGAAAAUUAAAAGCUCUCUCUGUUGCAUAUUUUAGUUUGAAAUUUAUUACUGUACUAUGUUAACUUUAUAUGACCUUUGAGCUUACUCUAUCAGAUCUCUUUUUAGUGUCAAGAGAUUUCAAGAACUGUUGGAUAUAGUAUAUAGAAUAACAUCAAACAAUAUAUAUCUAUAGUAUAUUUAAUGAAAUCA